AUGACUGUCAGUUCGCCUAAUUCGGCAAGCCGGCUGACGGUUGCUGCUGAUGAGCCGUCGAGCAACCGACGAAAGCGCAAAACACCCCUGUCGUUGACGAAAAAGAGAAAGGAACUCGAAGCUUUGGAAAAUGAGAAAAAUAAAAUGGAAGUUGACGAGGCGUUGUCUGACUUGGAUUGUGACUCGUCAUUACUUGAUGAAUCGCUUCUAUGUUUGGGAAGUGACGACGAGUUCGAGGAUGAGCGACUACUAGAUGAGGCGUUUUUGAAGAAGUGCGGCCGAAGAGUAAUGGAAGUGUAUUUCAAUGUGAUAAAGGACUAUAAUGAAAGGCUCAAGAAAGAGGAAGCGCCCAACUUUCUUAGAGUUAUCAAGAAACUUCCAAUCCGUCGUUAUCACACAUAUGAUGACUCUACGCCUGGAGAGCUAUAUCUUGAGCCAGAUGACAUGAGCGAAUUCAUCACACAUUUCAAGAUUACUGACUGCCGAAAUAUGAACGCGCAGCGGUGUGGUGUUCGUUUUCUGCCAGCGCUCGAGCUUCGUCCAAGAACGGCAUAUUGGGUGCAUACAGAGUGCAACAUCAGAGCAGAUGAAGAGCACAGACUUUCACACAUUCCAUUUGUCAGCGAAGAUCAUGACGACAAGCAGUUUUGUGCUGAGCUGAGAAAGUUAUAUGACGAGGUAAGUUUUUUGCGGUAG